GGCAGGCAGCGCUCGGGCGAGCGGGCUGGCGGGCAAGCCAUGUGGUUCAUGUACGUGCUGAGCUGGCUGUCGCUGCUUAUCCAAGUGGCCUUCGUCACCUUGGCCAUCGCGGCCGGACUCUACUACUUGGCCGAGCUGAUAGAAGAAUACACGGUGGCCACCAGUCGAAUCAUCAAAUACAUGAUCUGGUUUUCCACAGCCGUGCUGGUGGGUCUCUACGUCUUUGAGCGCUUCCCCAGCUUCCUGAUCGGCAUGGGCCUCUUCACGAACCUUGUCUACUUUGGCCUCCUUCAGACUUUCCCUUUCAUUAUGCUGACUUCACCCAACUUCAUCCUUUCUUGUGUGUUGGUUGUGGUCAAUCACUACUUGGCGUUCCAGUAUUUUGCCGAGGAAUAUUACCCCUUCUCAGAAGUCCUGGCCUAUUUCACAUUCUGCCUCUGGUUAAUCCCAUUUGCAUUCUUUGUGUCGCUGUCUGCUGGGGAAAAUGUUCUACCCUCCACUGUACAGCCUGGAGAUGACGUGGUCUCCAACUACUUCACCAAAGGCAAGCGAGGCAAACGUUCAGGAAUCCUGGUUAUCUUCUCCUUCAUCAAAGAAGCCAUCCUGCCCAGCCGGCAGAAGAUAUACUGACCCCUCGGGGAGGGGGCCCAGGGGUGAGGAGGAGGGUGCCAAGCCCCUGGGCCCAGGGCAUGGAGCCUGGAAUUGGGCCUUCCAUCGUCGUCAUCAUCAUGGAAGACUAUGGGGGACUCUCCCCCCACCCUGGCCCUCUCCCUUGUGUCCUCACACCUGAGGGGUCUCAGUUAGGACUGGAUAAAGCCGAAGGCCAUGCAAUGUGCCCUGGACAUUGCUUCCCGAGGAGUCCAGGGCUGUGGCUGGAGGCCUCCAAUCCCGAUCCCAUGCCCAUCUGGACUUGGGGUAACCUUCAGGCCAGGAGGCUGAAAAUUGCCCCUUGUUCCGCCCUCCUGGGACCUGCAAUGGGGAUAUUGGGCUGAUCUAACCCAAAGUACCGGGCUCUGCUAUAGGGACGCCAGAGAGGGGGCUUCCUUUUUCUAGAGGACCCUGAGGGCAGAGCCAAGACUUGGUGCAUUUCCAAAGGAAAUAGCUUUUUGGUGUUGAAUCGAACUGUGAUUUCUGUCAAAGUACAAAACCCAUUUGAAUAAAGAUUCAAGGUGGCAUUUUUUUCCUUA